AUGUCCAGGGGAAACCAGACCCCAUCCUCUGAAGCCAUGGGCCCUUCCCGCUCUGCAGUCCUGUCCGCGAUGAGGCUCGGUCUGUGGUGGCUCCUUCUGAGCCCAGCAGGGUCAGCACAGCGAGCCUCUCAUACCCAAGCCGAGGACCGACUCUUCAAACACCUCUUUAGGGGCUACAACCGCUGGGCACGGCCAGUGCCCAACACCUCAGACGUGGUGAUCGUGCGCUUUGGGCUGUCCAUUGCCCAGCUCAUCGAUGUGGAUGAGAAGAACCAAAUGAUGACCACCAACGUCUGGCUAAAGCAGGCCCUGAAGUGGAGAUGUGCAGAUGGGGAGUUUGCGGUGACCCACAUGACCAAGGCUCACCUCUUCUCCACGGGCACUGUGCACUGGGUGCCCCCGGCCAUCUACAAGAGCUCCUGCAGCAUCGACGUCACCUUCUUCCCCUUCGACCAGCAGAACUGCAAGAUGAAGUUUGGCUCCUGGACGUACGACAAGGCCAAGAUCGACCUGGAGCAGACAGAGCAGACGGUGGACCUGAAGGACUACUGGGAGAGCGGCGAGUGGGCCAUCAUCAAUGCCACGGGCACCUACAACACCAAGAAGUACGACUGCUGCGCCGAGAUCUACCCCGACGUCACCUACUACUUCGUCAUCCGGCGCCUGCCCCUCUUCUACACCAUCAACCUCAUCAUCCCCUGCCUGCUCAUCUCCUGCCUCACGGUGCUUGUCUUCUACCUGCCCUCCGACUGUGGCGAGAAGAUCACGCUCUGCAUCUCCGUGCUGCUCUCGCUCACCGUCUUCCUCCUGCUCAUCACGGACAUCAUCCCCUCCACCUCCCUGGUCAUCCCGCUCAUCGGCGAGUACCUGCUCUUCACCAUGAUCUUCGUCACGCUCUCCAUCAUCAUCACGGUCUUUGUACUAAACGUCCACCACCGCUCCCCCCGCACCCACACUAUGCCCCACUGGGUGCGGGUGGCCUUCCUGGGCUGUGUGCCCCGGUGGCUUCUGAUGAACCGGCCUGUGCCCCCCCUGGAGCCCCGUGACCCCCCAGAUCUGAAGCCCAGCUCCUCUCAUUACUGGCUGGAGACCAACGUGGAUGCGGAGGAGAGAGAGGAGGAAAAGGAGGAGGAAGACAGAUGGGGGUGGGCAGCUCACUUAUCCCCCUCCAUGGGUGUCCUCUGUGGCCACGGUGGUCUACAUCAGGGGGCCUCAGGGCCCAGGGUGGAGGUCCAGUUGCAGGAGGGCGGGCUUCUGCUGUCACCUCGCAUACAGAAGGCACUUGAAGGUGUGCACUAUAUUGCUGAUCACCUGCGAUCUGAGGAUGCUGACUCUUCGGUGAAGGAAGACUGGAAGUAUGUGGCCAUGGUCAUUGAUAGGAUAUUCCUCUGGUUGUUUAUCAUCGUCUGCUUCCUGGGGACCAUUGGUCUCUUUCUCCCUCCAUUCCUGGCUGGAAUGAUCUGA